AUGAUGUCUCGAAUUGUGGACCGAUUUAAUAACCGUCUUGGCCGAGCUCGUUCACCUACCGACGACGUUGGAGCAAGAUACACAUCGCUACCUCACGAAACUGUUGAACUCGAAGGAUUGACCAGCGAGGAAAAUUUAGAAUCAUCAGGCCCGACGUUCACUCCAGACGACGCCAUAACUUACAUAGGAUUUGGUAUAUUCCAUAUUAAACUUGUACUAGUGUUGGGGUUAGUGUGGAUGGUCGAAGGCAUGGAGAUAUUUGUAAUGUCAGUGCUAGCACCCUACCUUAGAUGUCACUGGGGUCUAAGCUAUUACGAAGAGACAUUGCUACCAAUUUUGACUUCUCUGGGUAUGAUGAUAUCAUCGCCAGUAUGGGGUUGGGUUUGUGAUGUCUAUGGUCGCAAGAAGGGUCUAUACAUCAGUUCGGUCUGGUUUAUAUAUUUUGCAUUUCUCAGCACUUUUUCACCAAAUUACCGAUGGUUGCUAUUUCUUCGAUUUCUGGUUGGUGUCGGCAUCGGUUCCUUGCCACAAGUUUCGACCAUCCUAGCAGAGUAUACUCCGGCAAAGGCUCGUGGGAAGGUUCUAACAUUCAUCACAGUUUUCUGGUCAAUUGGUUUUAUAUUUGCAGCAUCCUUGUCACUUUGGUUGAUGAUUGAUUACGGCUUCCGAGUCUUGCUCGCUGCAUUGUGUGUGCCGGGGCUCCUAUUUUUAUGGUCAUUCUAUUGGAUGCCUGAAUCAUUCCGGUUCUAUGCUGUCUCGGGUCAGGGCGACAAAGCAUUGGAGAUGCUUAAACACAUUGCAAAGGCAAAUGGCUCAUGCUUGCCCCCGGGUAACCUCACCGUCACCCCAGUAUCGGCUGUAAAGAAACGAGGUAGCCUAAUAGAUGUGGUUCGCUCAGGCUACUUCCGAAUGACAGUCACAUUAUGGUUAAUUUGGUUUAUAAGCAUCAUGAUGUAUUAUUCCUCUGUCUAUGUGACAACAGAGAUAUUUGAUCGCUAUGAUGAUAACAUAUGCCAUGAAACCGAAGGGGAAAAAAUAUGCAAGUGUAAAGUUUUCAACAGAAAGGACUACAUUGACAUUAUUUGGACAUCAGCUGGAGAAUUCCCAGGUGUUAUCAUGACCGUGUUGCUUAUUGAUUGGCUUGGCCGGAAACGGACAAUGUAUGUGAAUGCAUUUGUUGCAAUUGGUUGCCAGAGUCUGUUAUUCUUGUGCCUCAAUCGUACCGGUGCUACAGUUCUCCUUAUGGUAAUUCGAUGUAUCCUUGUUGGUUAUUCAGCCGUUGUUUUUGUUUACACACCUGAAGCUUACCCAACAUCUAUUCGAGCAAUGGGUAUGGGUUCGGGUUAUGUCUUUGGCCGCAUUGGGAUGCUCACUGCACCUUUUAUUGCCGAGGCAUUAUUUCACAUCUCGUUUCAAGCGACAAAGUUUUUCUUUGUGUUUUCUUUGGUUAUUGGAUUCCUAGCUGCACUCUCAUUGCCAUUUGAUACCAUGGGCAAAGUUUUGGUGUAA